CUGUCUGGGGCUGCUUCAACUGCUUCUGCCUGCUACACAACAUUGGGAAAGCCAACGGUCAUGGGACAAUGGACAGCCCCCUCCCAUCAGAAAGGAGCAGAACAGAACCCUGGACAGCCCCCUCCCAUCAGAAAGGAGCAGAACAGAACCCUGGACAGCCCCCUUCCCUCAGAAAGGAGCAGAACAGAACCCUGACAGCCCCCUCCCCUCGAAAGAGCAGAACAGAACCUGACAGCCCCCUCCCUCAGAAAGGAGCAGAACAGAGACCUGGACACCGCCCGUCUCCGUCAGAAAAGAGCAGACAGAACCUGGACAGCGCCGCUCCUCUGAGAAAGGAGCAGAACAAACCUGGACAGCCCUCCCAUAGAAAGGAACAGAACAGAACCCUGGACAGCCCCUCCACUCAGAAAGGAGCAGAACAGAGACCCUGA